AUGUUGUUUGCCUGUUAUUUGGGAGGACCCGGGCAUGUCCACCACGGCCUGGACGGGGGCCCCUCCUACCUUCCAUCUGGGACAGGUCACUGUUUGGCCUGCACCAUCCCCCAUCCGAGUCUCUCUGUCUCCGAGACCCUGUACAGCUCCUCUUUGCCCCUUGGGAGCUCAGAGAAAAGAGAAGCUGCUGGGGUGAAAGUCCAGAAGGAGAGUGUAGAGCUGGGAGUCCCGGACACCUGUCUCCCUCUUCUCUCCCUCCUCUUGGUCUCCCUGUGGUCCAGAGUCAUGAGUGGGCUCUCCCCUGGGCCUUGGCAUCUGCUGGGUAUGGUGCUGGUCCUGGGGAGCUUGCUGGGGUCCUUGGCGGCUGCCCAAGAUGAGAUCUCAGCCUUGACCGUAGACAAGCAGACCAACACCUCCAUCACCCUGAAGUGGGAGGCGGCUAACUCGACCUUUCGCUAUAAUGUCAGCUGGGUUAAGGAUGGCCAGCUCAUGGAGGCGAAGAACAUUUCAGAACCACAGUAUACUGUGAAGGACCUCGAACCUGGGACAAUGUACGAGUUCACUGUCAGAGUGGAGGGAAGCGGCUUUGAAACGAGACUCAAUGCAUCUACAAUGCCCAACGAGGUCAGAGAGCUCCGGAUGGAGGCUCGAAGCAACAGCUCAGUGUCCCUGAACUGGACGGUCCCCGACGGCCCCCCGGCUUCUGAUUACACCUACUGGGUCAGCUGGCCUGCAGAGGGCGGCCCAAUUCAGAAGAGCACAGAGCAGACGGAGUAUGAAGUGGGGGGCCUCGAUGCCGCCACCCUGUACAAUUUCACAGUGCAGGCAGAGAGGAAUAAUGUCACCAGUUCUGGCCAGAGCCUCCAGGAGGCCACAG